UCACGAUCAAGGUUAGUCUUUCGGAGCGCGUCCUUACUAUCGGUUUAGUUUUUCGGUUUCUGGUGUCAUUGGGAAGAAGAUGUCUGAAAAGAGUUAUUUUCUGUUGGUGACUUUGUUAGUAAUUUCGAGAAGAGUUUCAACUUUAAACGCUGUAUACGUUAAUAAUCAUAAAAUUGAUAAGUAUGAGGUGGAUAAGAUCAAAUUGUUACAACCAACUGACACGAACACUAUCGUCACGAAGCUUAACCUGUUGACCAAGGAUAACUUCACGAAUCCACUUCACUAUUAUCAAUACCUAGUGGGAAAUGAUCCUGGCAGUUACGUGGAUAUGUUGUGGGGAAAGAACAAAACGUAUCUUCCGUCAAUUUUUCGGAGUACUUCAACAACUACUACCGAGGUUCCAGUAACAACAGCAGUUCAAUUUGCUGAUGACCUUUCAUCGAUCGAAAAUACCCUCAACAACACCACUCCUAUCUACAAAGGAGACUAUCACUUGAGUCAGUGGGACAAACUAUCAACAACGACUCCGAGAACUCUCAAACAAAUAAAGAAGCCUAAAACCAAACCACAGCCAAUUCAGAACCAAACAAAGAUCUCGGUUGAAACGCUUGAGUUACUACGGAAAUACUUCACCAUCAACUGUACCCUUACACCAUUGCAAGACCUGUCUACCACCCCUAUCCCAAAAGUCGUGACUAAGAAAGCGAAGAAAAAACACAAAACAACAACAACUCCUAAUCCCGUGACGCUCACUAACAAGCUGGUGAAGCCAUCCAAGAUCAAGAAACCUUAUCGACCGGUAGUCUACGUAGAACCCCCGGUGAUAUCCGGCCUAGGAGGAAUGCUGGAAACCGUUUACAAUUACAUGCAAGACGCAUUCGUCAGCACUGAGUACAUUUCGGUGGAAGAGGCAGACGAUGAUCGCAAUCGGAAAACGAAAAAAGGUAAAAAGACCAAACGGAACUCGGUGCCGAAUGUCAACACAACAAUAAACGCAGUGACUACGGUUUCUCCGUUCACCUCCAAGAACUAUCCACUGAGCUCUAAGCAAGUUUCCAUCGGUGGCCAAGACCUUACCAACAAGAACAAGCUCACGACUAACAUUCACGUCACCAGUGAGUACACUCCGGCAACUCCGGCAACGUUACCAUUUCUGCCACAGCUAGCCAUUGGCGAUAAGGACGGUAGCAGUGAGGAAAGUGAAUCCGAAGAGGGUGGGGAUUACUACGGUGGUUUUGCCAAUAAUAGCUACGAAGACGAUGAGGGCAGUGACGAAGAUGAAGCGGAAGAAGAUAGUGUUGAAGACGAUGGGAGCGAUGAAUACGCUGAGGGAGUUAGUGGUGAAGUAACUAAUGGAUUGAACGUAGUCCAUAAGGUCGAAGAUUAUGGAGACCAUAGUGUUCCUUCGACGAAAGUGAAAAGACAAAAACCGGUCGCUGCUAGCGAUGAAGACUACAGCACUGAAGAUGACGACGAUUACGAUAGUGAUGAGGAAUCGGCGAGCAGUGAUCCGGGCUUCUUCUCCGGAAUGAUGGCAUCCCUCGGGAGGUUUGUAAGAUCUUUUGGAUUUCCUGGUGGGACCGCAGUUGAGUACGAUGAUUACGACGAAUCCCGGAGUACAACUCCUCGAGCGAUCGAUUUUCGUCGGCGUCCCACCCGUAGUACUAACAAUCGUGUUUCCACGCAGAUUGAGCGAGUUCAGCAGCCAACGGAGAAACAAGACCCUUGGUUAUACUACCCUUCGUAUUUGUUCAACGAGCUUAGUGAAGACACGAUUGUGCCAACACAGCCAAGUUUUCCGGCUGCUGUAGAUGAAAACGAAACCGGCGAUUGGUUCCAGUACAUGAUGCCAUGGAAUUUUUUCAACCCAUGGUCUUCAACGUGGGACAGUCAACCAUCGUCUCUUUCGACGUCCAAUCAAGUGGAAAGUACUCCUCCCACGCUUGCAGCCACGAGCGCCAGCUCGGGAUGGUUUUCUGAUAUGUUCGAAAGUGCAACUACCGAGGCCCCACAAAACAGUGCUCAAAAACCACUUAUUCCAUUCCUGCCAGCUUCAGACCCGCUCCAGAAGCCUCAAACUUGGAUAAGCGUCCUAGCGCAUCACAUUCUCACAACCACACGACCACCAAAACUUACAACAGCUUCUUCUUCCAGCUCACUGGCUUCGAAACCCACAAAAGAACACUACAGUGACUACCAGCUGUGGCGAGUUUAUCCAAAAACUCUCGAACAGGUACGUCAUCUGGAAGACUAUCGCUACUCCCCGGAAGGCAUUAAACUACAAUGGUGGAAGGGACCAACAUUGAAGGGUUCAAACGACAUCUUAGUUCCGCCCAAAAUGCUUGAAACAGUAGCCGAUUAUCUUCAGGAGGCCAGCAUCGAUAAAGAUAUUAUGAUCCGUAACCUUGGUCAGGCGAUUCAGUACGAGAAUCCGAAGAUGACUCGAAGGGAGCAGAUCGAAAAUGAAGUUCUCAACGGGCACCCGUUGACCUGGUACCGAUACCAUCGGUACGGAGAUAUUGUGAAGUUUAUGAGCUACCUCGGACGAAAGUAUCCGAAGAAUGUUGACCUUGUGCAUAUCGGUAGAAGCUUCGAAGGUAGACCGCUAACGGUAGUGAAAAUUUCUUUCGACAAAGUUCGAACGAAAGGUGGCGUUAAAAACACCAAAAACCGUAAGCAUGUGAUCAAAAAACGAGGUCAGAAGGGUGCAGUGUUCAUCGAAGCAGGCGCGCAUGGGAGAGAAUGGAUCGGGCCAAGUGUUGCAACCUGGAUCCUUGAUAUGCUUGCUAAGGCUAGCUCGAGUAACGACACCGAGUUGGAAAACAUCAAAUCGAUGGAUUGGUACAUUUUGCCUGUGUUGAAUCCAGAUGGGUACGAAUACAGUCACGACUAUGAUCGAAUGUGGCGCAAGACCCGUUCCAAGCACCCGGAUACCGAAAGCACCGGUAUUAUAAACUCUGCACUCAACUGGCUCAAUCUGCAGAGCACGCUGACGGUUGAUUCGGAUCAACAGUGCUACGGUACCGAUCUGAACCGAAACUGGGACCACCACUGGAACGCGGAAGGUGCUUCCAAGUCGACCUGCAGCGAGUACUACUCCGGCUAUAAGGCAUUCUCGGAACCGGAAACACUGGCGUUGAGUAAGUUUUUGACGAGCGACCGUCGCAACGUCAAGAUUUAUCUGUCGCUGCAUUCGUACGGACAAAGUAUUAGCUACCCGGAGGAGAAACGGUCGACAGAGGAAGCUCGCUACAGCGAUGUCCACGAAAUGGCUGCCGUUGCGGUGGAAGCGUUGCGAGGUUCUGGCAGCCAUACGGUGUAUAAGGUGGACGCCGAGAACGAAAUGAUGUACCCACGAUCGGGAACUUCGGUGCAGUUUGCCCGGUAUGAGGCUGGCAUUAAGUAUAGCUACACAGUAGAGUUGCCAGACUUGGGAACCCACGGAUUCCUGAUGCCUCCCUCUGGAAUAAUCCGAACAGCUCAGGACGUAUUUGAGAUACUAAAAGGAAUGGUAGAUUUUAUUUAAACUAAAUUAAGAUUAUUUACAAUUAGUUCUGAUUAAAAAUAAUGAAGAGAAAGAAAGCCUACGAUCCGACGGUUGUUCCAAGAAACUCCUUCAGCCAAGCGUUGAAACGGUGAAAGUGUUGCUCCAGGUCCUCUAUCGUUUCGAUGUUGGUAUCACACUGUAAAGUCGGUUUGGUGGGGCAGUUGAAAACCGAUUGAAUGAACUUUUCACAAAUUAAAAUUGCAAC